AUGCAAUUCACCGUGCAGUCAGAGUUGGUGGAGCCGGUGUCAGUGUUCAUGUCGCACGUACACGAGAGCGUGAACAAGAUGUCAACGGUGUACUACCAGAACGAGCGCCGCUACAACUACACAACGCCCAAGACCUUCCUCGAGCAGAUCGCGCUGUACGGGAAGCUGCUCGACAGCAAGACCGACGAGCUCAACAUGAUGAUCACAAGGCUCGAGAACGGACUCGACAAGUUAGCCUCUUGCGCCGCCGAUGUUGCGGUUCUGAAGGUGACACUAGCAGAACAGGAGCAAAUAUUGAAGGUUAAAAAUAAAGCCGCCGAAGAGCUUAUCGAAGUGGUCGGGGCUGAGAGUGAGAAAGUAUCAAAGGAAAAAGCAUUCGCCGCCGAGGAGGAAAAGAAAGUAAAAGUUAUAGAAGAAGAUGUGACAAUCAAAGCGAAAAUCUGCGCUGACGACUUAGCCAAGGCGGAGCCAGCUUUGAUAGCGGCCCAGGAAGCCCUGAACACUCUGAAUAAGAACAACCUCACGGAACUGAAAUCUUUCGGCUCGCCCCCGGAUGCGGUCGUUAAUGUUACCGCUGCGGUGCUCGUGCUCUUCUCCAAAAAGGGCAAGCUACCAAAAGAUAGGUCGUGGAAAGCUUGCAAGCUCAUGAUGGCGAAAGUUGAUCAGUUCCUAAAUGACCUGGUCUAUUACGACAAAGAGAACAUACAUCCAGAUAUUGUGAAGGCGGUGCAGCCGUACAUCAAGAACCCGGAGUUCAACCCGGAGUUCAUCAUGUCGAAGUCGGCGGCGGCGGCGGGGCUGUGCGCGUGGGUGAUCAACAUCAUGAAGUUCUACGACGUGUACGUGGUGGUGGAGCCGAAGCGGCGCGCGCUCAACGCCGCCAACGCCGAGCUGCAGGCCGCGCGUGACAAGCUCGCCUUCCUCACCGACAAGAUCAAGGAAUUAGAAGAAAAGCUCGAGGUGUUGCUAAAGGCUUUCCAAGAAGCCGUUAACGAGAAAAUGAAGUGUCAAGCCGAAGCCGAUGCGACAAAUGCAACGAUUGAUUUAGCCAACCGCUUGGUGAAUGGAUUGGCUUCAGAAAAAAUUCGAUGGUCGGCGACCGUAGUGAAACUAAAAGAGUCGGGCGUGAUGCUGCCGGGCGACGUGCUGCUGGUGACGGCGUUCAUCUCGUACGUGGGCUGCUUCACGCGCCGCUACCGCCAGCAGCUGCUCAACGACGACUGGAUGCCCACCCUCGCCAAGUCUAACCCAAAAAUCGAAACCACGCCGGAUUUAGAGCCUUUGUCUAUGCUUACGGACGAUGCGCAAGUGGCGAGCUGGAACAACGAAGGACUGCCCACGGACACCAUGAGCACUGAGAACGCCACCAUACUUACCAAUUCAGCGCGCUGGCCGCUCAUGAUCGACCCGCAGUUACAAGGCAUAAAAUGGAUAAAGUCGAGGUAUGGAGACUCGUUGGUGGUGAUUCGUCUGACGCAGCGCAACUAUUUGGAUCGCAUCGAACGCGCCGUGAGCGGCGGCGACGUGGUGCUGCUCGAGAACAUCGGCGAGAGCGUGGACGCCGUGCUGGAGCCGCUGCUGGGUCGCGUGCUCAUACGCAAGGGACGCGUGCUCAAGAUCGGUGACAGAGAAAUCGACUAUGAUCCCAAAUUCCGUCUUAUUCUCCAAACAAAACUAGCCAACCCCCACUAUCAGCCGGAGAUGCAAGCGCAGUGCACUCUCAUUAACUUCACGGUCACUAGAGAUGGCUUAGAAGAACAGUUGCUAGGCGAAGUAGUAAAAGCCGAAAGACCAGACUUGGAGAGUUUACGUUCUGGUCUCACAAAGCAGCAGAAUGACUUUAAAAUUACGCUCAAAUCGCUGGAAGAUGACUUGCUAAAACGGUUGUCAUCCGCCGGGCCCGAUAUCUUGAGUGAUUCAGCGCUGGUAAUCAAUUUGGAGACCACGAAGAAGACCGCCGCUGAUAUUGAAAUAAAAGUGGAGGAGGGAAAGGUUACGGCCGUUAAGAUUGACGAAGCUAGAGAAAGAUACAGGCGAGCGGCGACGCGGGCCUCUAUCCUGUACUUCAUCCUGAACGAGUUGUACAAGAUCAACCCGAUGUAUCAGUUCUCGCUAAAGGCGUACAGCGUGGUGUUCAAGGAGGCGCUGGUGCGGGCGCCGGCUGCCGACGACCUGGAGGCGCGUGUGCGCAAUCUGCUCGACAGCAUCACCUUCGCGGUCUUCGUGUACACCAGCCGCGGACUCUUCGAGAAGGACAAGCUCAUCUUUUUAUUCCUUAUUACACUACAGAUUUUACAAGCGGAUGGCAAAGUGGACCCGAAAGAGUUAGACUUCCUGCUGAAAUACGCGGUGGCUCCGGAGGUUUCACCAUACUCGUGGCUCUCGAACCAAUGUUGGGGCGGCAUCGUGGCGCUGUCCAAAACAGACGCCUUCGAAAGCCUUGACAAGGAUAUCGAAGGAGCCGCUAAACGGUGGCAGAAAUAUACAGACGGCGAAGCACCUGAAAGGGACAAGUUGCCAGGUGAAUGGAAGAACAAGACGCCGCUGCAGAGGCUCUGCAUAAUGCGCGCCUUGCGACCCGAUCGCAUGUCCUACGCUUGUGGAGCAUUCUGUGAAGAAAACCUCGGCACGAAAUACGUUGAAGCUCGAACACCUUCUUUGGACAAGUCUUAUGAAGAGAGCACUUCCACAACCGCCAUGUUCUUUAUUUUGUCUCCUGGAGUGGACCCUCUAAAGGAUCUAGAAAAACUAGGUCGCAAACUAGGUUUCUCGACUGAGAAAAAGACGUUCCACGUGGUGUCGCUGGGACAGGGUCAGGAAGUAGUUGCUGAGGAAGCCAUGGGCAUCGCCUCCGCACACGGUCACUGGGUUAUACUGCAGAAUAUUCAUCUGGUCGCCAAGUGGCUGGCCACAUUAGAGAAAAAGAUGGAGGAGACGUUUGAAAAUCCGAAGCCUGAGUACAGGUUAUUUCUAAGCGCCGAGCCGGCGGCUGACGCGGCCUUCCACAUUAUCCCGCAAGGCAUCCUAGAGUCAGCUAUCAAGAUCACCAACGAACCGCCCAUUGGUAUGUGGGCAAACCUGCACAAAUCUCUUGACAACUUCAGCCAAGAAACACUUGAGAUGUGCAGUAAAGAGGCAGAAUUUAAGUCCAUACUUUUUGCACUUUGCUAUUUCCAUGCUGUAGUUGCAGAGAGACGUAAAUUUGGUCCACAAGGAUGGAACAGGACAUACCCGUUUAAUUUCGGCGACCUGACGAUCUGCGUGUACGUGCUGUACAACUACCUGGAGGCGAACCCGCGCGUGCCGUGGGAGGACCUGCGCUACCUGUUCGGCGAGAUCAUGUACGGCGGACACAUCACCGACGACUGGGACCGCCGCCUCUGCCGCACCUUCCUGCUGGAGUACAUGCAGCCAGAGCUGGUGGACGGUGAAGCUCAACUUGCGCCAGGUUUCAUAUCACCCCCUAACUCGGACUAUGUGGGCUACCAUCAGUACAUUGACGACUUCUUGCCCGACGAGACGCCAUAUCUGUACGGUCUGCAUCCUAACGCCGAAAUCGGUUAUCUGACAACUGUUUCCGAUAGACUUUUUAAGGUGGUAUUCGAAAUGCAACCCAGAGAUACUGGUGCUCAAGCCGGCGGUGGUGCCAGCAAAGAGGAAAUGGUGAAAUACCAGCUGGACGACAUUAUGGACCGCGUGCCGGAGCCUUUCAAUCUAGCAGAGCUGAUGGGCAAGGUGGAGGAGCUCACGCCCUUCACUAUCGUCGCGCUGCAGGAGUGCGAGCGCAUGAACAGGCUUAUGGGAGAGAUACGCCGGUCACUCAAGGAGCUGGAGCUCGGACUCAAGGGCGAGUUAACGAUCAGCAGCGACAUGGAGAACUUGAUGGAGUCGUUGUUCAUGGACCACGUGCCCGAGACGUGGACGAAGCUUGCCUACCCGAGCUUGCUGGGGCUUGCUGCUUGGUUUUCCGACCUGUGCCUUAGACUUACCGAGCUCGAGAAUUGGUCCGGGGACUUUAAUUUGCCACCGGCGGUAUGGCUGGCCGGAUUUUUCAACCCGCAGUCGUUCCUGACGGCAAUCAUGCAACAAACGGCGCGCAAGAACGAGUGGCCGCUCGAUAAGAUGUGCCUCAACUGCGACGUCACCAAGAAGUCGCGUCAAGACUUCAACGCCCCGCCCCGCGAGGGCGCGAACAUCCACGGGCUGUUCAUGGAGGGCGCGCGCUGGGACACGGUGUCGGGCGGCAUCGUGGAAGCGCGCAUGAUGGAGCUCUUCCCGCUCAUGCCGGUCAUAUACGUGCGCGCCGUCACGCAGGACAAGCAGGACACGCGCAACGUGUACGAGUGUCCCGUCUACAAGAUACGCAUGCGCGGGCCGACGUACGUGUGGACUUUCAACCUAAAGACCAAGUACAAGCCGACGCGCUGGACGCUCGCCGGGGUAGCGCUGCUGCUCGGCGUCUGA